AUGCGAUGGAUGGCUACAAAUGAUUACGCUGCGAUUCCAGUGGCUUCUGAUUCCUUGGCGGCGCCACUCGCCUCGACACUCGAGUAUUCAUUCUCAGCAUUCGUCCAGUCGAGACCAUUAGCCAGUACGACUUUGGCCAAGAUGCGCCUCUGUCCCCUUGUCCUCCUGCCUCCAGCUGCCUUUGCUGACACGAUCCCUCACUCCGCGGGAGUGUCGGAUUUCAUGAUCAACACACCGGCUCACGUUCAUGUCGUUGAAAUCCAUCGUGACAGUGGCUUCAUCAACCGAUUGUUGAGGAUGGACGAGCCAAUGGACGACGAAAAGAGGAUGAGUGUCGAGCCAUUUGUGAAGGUUUUCGAAUCACUGCCGGAGAUUGCACAAGGGCUGAAGUCCACGGUGGGGAAGGAAGUCACUAUGGAAGCCGAGAGUUUGCAUGAUGUCCUAGCGAAACCUCAUGAGACCACUGACAAGGUGGGCGGUCUCGGAGUAUACUCCGACAUGGUUGCCAAGGAGGAUGUUCACGACACUGAGGAGCAUUUUCCUGAGACGCCUGAGGAAGAGUUUUACGAUGUCGAGGAGCAUUUUCCUGAGACACCUGAGGAAAAGUUUCACGACACUGAGGAGCAUGUUCCUGAGACGCCUGAGGAAGAGUUUUACGAUGUCGAGGAGCAUUUUCCUGAGACACCUGAGGAAAAGUUUCACGGCACUGAGGAGCAUGUUCCUGAUACACCCGAGGAAGAUUUUUACGAUAUGGACGAGCUUUUUCCUGAGACGCAUGAGGAAGAGUUUCACGACACUGAGGAGCACAUUCCUGGCAUGCGUGAGAGAGAUGUUCACGACACUGAGGAGCAUAUUUCUGUGACGACUAAGCUUGACAAAAUGAUGCCGUCUGGUCUUACGGAAGGCAAGAACAUUCUGUACGUUAUUAAAGCUGGGAUCAAAGCCGGGUUUCGAGGAGAUAUGGAGGCAAGGAAGGCUGCAGACCGCGAACUUGACUCAAUGAUCGAUUACUGGAAAACGACCCACAAGACCCUGGAUGACGUCCUUCCGCUGCCAUCCGGGGUUAAGAGUGCCCAUUUUUUUUUUCUUUACACCCACGGUAACAAAGCUCCUGAAGUCGGUGCCCAAGGGUCCCAAAUCGUUAGGACGAAAUACGAUCCGGUCGUUGAUGAAUCGGCUUUUGCUGAAACUUGGGCAUGGGCGCUUAAAAAGUUCCCCGCCAUGUCAAAUCAAAAGAAAGAGGAAAUGGAAGCCGCUAUGAAAGAGCAACUGAAGUUCUUAGGCCGCGUCAGAACCGAGAUCGAGGAAUUCAUCGCACCGAUCAGGAAGAAAGCGGGCUCUGUCAUGGCACGGAUUCCGGAGAAACUCGGCCGCCUCAUAACUUUGAUCAUGAAGAAUCAGGACCGUAUCGUUACCCUGGUAGCAAAGCGAUUGACCACGGUUCAAAACAGUUUUGUCUACCUACGACACGGAGCGAGUGAUAACGUGGCAUGA